UUUUUAAAAAAGGGAGAAAGUGCAAUUCAUUUUAGUUCAAAGUAGUGCCGCCAGUCGCCUAAUUUACCUGAUGGCGGGUGAAGUUGCGGCGGCGGAGGUUAUCGGCGUCAAGCACUUGAGUUCGGCUGAAGCUGCGGCGGAGGAGGAGAAGCUACGUCUUCUCCGCGAAGCCGUCCAUGCGCUGCCAGUGAGCGCCGUCAAAGAUUUAUGGUCCAUUGGGGCAUGUGUUCGAUGCAUUUUCCGACUAUUUGGACUUCAUGAACUCAUGUGUUCACAUCCUUCACUCUCAAUAUCAAAGUGGUGUGAUAUUUUAGAAGAUGUGAUGAGAAACAAAGAUGGAGAAUUUAAUGAGCAAUCACAUCAAGAACGAUCAAGGGAGACAAACUUUUGCAAAAUAUGCUUAGGCAUUUUGCAAUUUCUCUAUUAUGAUGAUACUGGAACUUUAUUAAAAAAGUAUAGUGCCGAUGACUUUGCUGUAGUAAUUUCUGAACUUGUAAAGCAACAAUAUCAACAAAUUGAUAGUUUUUCUCUUGAAGUCUCAUUGCCUUCGGUUGUAACAGAAAAUGAUCAAGCAGUUUGGUUGUAUAUGAAGAAUAAGUACCGCCAUGAACUUUGGUUCCAAGAGAAGGCUGAAUGUCAAUUCAUUUCUACAAAAGACAUCUUCAAACUAUUAGUGAUAAAUCCAUUACAAAGAUUGUUGGGUGUAAAAUCUACUCAAAGUUCUUUUCGCGUUCGCUUAACAUACUCACAUUCUGAUGCAUUAACAAGAGAUGACGUUCAGGAAGGGAAUGGAGGAAAUAAGAGGAGGAAAACAGACAAAGCAGGUUUCACUGGUGACCUCAAGACAACUGGGGAAUCUGUUACUCCUCAUGUUGAGUCUUUUGAUAGUAAUAUUGUUGAUGGAGAUGGACUGACUAAAGUUUGUCCCAAGGAGGCCCAAGAUCUCAGUUGUAAUAACUUAAUGGCUAAGUUAGAUAAGGUCGGUAAGCCUUGUUCUCUGGCCAUUCAUUGCUGCAGAAGCUCUACAUACAUUGGAGGGAGAUAUCUUAAGUAUUCGAGAAAUGUGAGCCAGACACGCUGGGUUAUUGAUGAUGAACGAAUGGGAGAAGCAUCCGUUGAGGAAAUAAUAGGUGGGGCCAUCCUUCCUAUCUUCCAGGGUGACAAUUAUAAGUUUCAUGCUGCCGGUAGGGAGGACAUUGAUGUUCGGAUGCUCGGUACAGGCCGUCCUUUUCUUGUAGAGAUACAAAAUGCACGCCAAGUCCCUUCUGAAGCACUCAUAAAAGAAAUAGAGAAGAAAAUUAAUAGUCUAGAAAGUCAAUACGUCCGGGUUAAAAAUCUUAGAGCUGUAGGCAGUCAAGGGUGGGACCUCAUGCGUGAAGGAGAGGCAGAGAAGCAGAAGCAGUACGCUGCAUUGGUGUGGAUUUCUCGUCCUGUCAGUGAUGAAGAUUUGCAAACUAUAUCAUCACUAAAGGAAUUGAAAGUUGCUCAAAAAACGCCUAUAAGGGUUCUUCAUCGCCGAAGUCCAUUGGAGAGAGAGAAAAUUAUACAUUGGAUGCAAGUGGAGAGGGUAUCUGGAAGCUCACAAUAUCUUCUACUGCAUCUGUGUACCCAGGCUGGGACAUAUAUCAAGGAAUUUGUUCACGGGGAUUUUGGUCGCACUCAACCUAGUAUCGGUUCAAUUCUUGGUUGCAGAACAGAGAUACUGCAACUCGAUGUUACGGAUGUGAAAAUGGAUUGCUUUCAGGAAGAAUGAAAGAACUAUAAUAUUCUUGGACCCAGGAAUUUGCAUUUGAACAUUAGUUUUACAUCCCUAUUUUGGUGUAACAUUUUGUAUGCAUCAUAAGAUCAAAUUUUCUACUAUUUAAUAUGUAUUAUGAAACAUCUGCAAAAUCAGUUGAUCAUAAUACUUAAUUUUGAUGCUAUGACAUUUUUAUGGCUA